GCCACUUCACAUCCACCCAGCCCAGAGUGCACCGGGACCCCUCCGCCCACGCCACGCCGCUAGCCAGCCCCCCCGCGGAAUCAGACGGCACGCACCCAUCGACCCAUCCUCUCCACCCCAGGCUGGCAGAGCAGCCCGUGGAAGGCCAUCCGACCCCCCCUUCAUCCAGGAUGGGACCCCUCCUACUGCUCCUCUUCUCCUGCUGGACCCUGGUGGGAGCUCAGAUCCCUUUGUUCAAGUUAAGAAGCGUGACGCUGACCAUCGAGCCGGCCACCGACCUCCUGCGAGACGCCAACGCCACACUGUGGUGCCGGGCGGGCGUCAGCUCCUCGGGAACCCUGACGCACGUCCCCGUUUACACCUUCUACAAGGACUUCACCAAGGUCUUCACCAAGAAGAGCGCCAGCUCGGAGCUGGCCUAUCCGCUGCUGCACGUCCGCUACUCCAACACGGGGAAGUACAAGUGCCGGGUGGAGAUCGACGGACAGGGGGAGACAAGCGACGCCAGCAAGCUCACGGUAACAGGCGUCUCGGUGCCGCUCCUCCAGCUGAGCAGGUCGUCGCUGAGCGAGGGCGAGGAGCUGACGGCAAGCUGCAGCGCGCCGGACGAGACGGGCGUGUUCUUCUUCUACUUCUACGUGGACGGCCGGGAGAUGCAGGACCAACAGGCCCGGUCCAACCGCGCGGACGCCCAGCUGCGCUUCAAAGGUGGCGGCGUGCGCCAGGUCCACUGCGAUUACACCGUGAUGCUCCCGCCCAGAUCCACCAAGUCCAACAAGAGCAACACCGUCACGGUCUCCGUCAGGGAGCUGUCCUUCAGGCCCGUGCUGGAGAUCCGCCCGGUGGCGGAGGUCUUUGAGGGGGACCAGCUGAGCGUCUCCUGCAGGCAAGAGGGAAACUCCAACAUCCCGGGUGGCCUCUUUCUGGUCCUCACCCACGGCACCCAGCUGCUCGGCAGCGGAGUCGACCACGUCAACAGCAGCAUCACCGCUAAGGAAUCCGGGGAGAUAGAGUGCAGCUUCGAAGUGGGGAACGUUCCGAAGAAGGCUACCAAGAACAUUUCUGUGACCGAGCUGUUCUCGGUGCCCAGGCUGAGCGUGUCCCUCGCCGAGGUCUUCGAGGGGGACAGGAUGGUGCUGACAUGCAGCAGCGCGGUGCUGGUGGCCAGGAGGCUGUCCUCCGAGGACAUCUCCUACGCCCUGGACUCAAAGGGCCCGCCCACCACGACGCUGGGCGCCGGGCGCUUCUCGGUCAGGGCCCCGCCCUACCACCUCAACUACACCUGCACCGCCACGGCCAGGGGCAUCACCAAGCACAGCCUGGCGCUGCCGGUCCGGCCCAAGGUGUCCGUGGUGCGACCCAGUAUCUCCGUGGUGGGGCGAGUCAUUCUGGGACGGCCAUUCCAGAUCCGCUGUCACUCGGAGUGGGGCAGCUUGCCCAUCAACUACACCCUGUUCAGGAAGUACGAGCCCCUGAACGUGACCACGGUCAGCACGCCCCACCAGGAAGCCCUGUUCACCGCCACCAUCCAGGAGUCCGACGACAUCAAACUCUACAUGUGUGAGGCGGCCAACAAACCCAACAACGAAGGGGAGCUCAGCCCACGACUCAACGCCAGCGUCAUAGUCCCCCUCUCCAACGCCACCCUGACGGCCCUGCCCGCGCCCUGGGACGUCUCCGAGGGAAACGAGCUCAUCCUGAUCUGCGGGGUGACGGGCACGCCCCCGGUCACCUUCAAGUGGUACCGCAAGGACGGCGACGCCCGGCUGCUGUUCGCCGGGACCGCCAACGAGCGCAGCAUGGCGCACCGGAUCCACGCCGUGAGCCGCGACCACAGCGGCUCGUACUACUGCGAGGCCGUGAACCACGCCCGCAACCCGGUGUGCAGCCAGACGGUGCUCAUCGACGUGCGGCUGGCGCUCUGGAAGAAGGGCGUGAUCGCGGCCUCCUGCUUGCUGGUGCUGUGUGUGGCGGCGCUGCUGUGCGUGCUGCGCUUCAAGUCCCGCAGAGGAAAAAAGGAAGUGACGACAGAGCUGUCCGUAAAGCCUUCGGGCUCUAAAUCAGAUGACUCUUUAACCGCGAGUCUCGCUCCCGACACAGAGGCCUAUACGGCGGCCACAGUGACAGAGGACAGAACGAGCAGCAGCAUGUGGAGCGUGAGACCUGCCACUGCAGCCAGUGACGAGGACGCCAGUGUGGGGUCUCGUGAGCCGGACGUAGAGUACACUGAGGUGGUGCACCCCCAGCCGACAGACCCCACCAAAGUGGUGCUGAAGAAGGGCACGGACACUGUGUACACCGAGCUCCAGAACGCUCCUCCCAGUGUGGUCGCUGAUGCUGCUGCUGCUGCUGCUGCUGAUCACGAAUACGGUUCACUGCAGUACGCCGACCUGAAGAACACUCACCCUCUGCUCGGUCCAGAUGAGGACUACCUCCAUGGGCUCCCUGUGCCAGUGGAUUAAUUAUUAUUUUUAUUAUUUUUCUCUCUCUCUCUCUCUCUCUCUCUCUCUCUCUCUCUCUCUCUCUCUCUCUCUCUCGACACUUUCUAUAACCACUGUUUUGUUUUUUUAUAACCACUGUUUUGUUUUUUUAUUCAGUCUUGUGUCUCAAUAAUUCAAAUUAGUAAUUAUGCUUGCUGUAAAUGCUUAAUCUCAAUAAACCGCACUUCAGAUAAAUAAUAAGACGAGAUACAAUUUACUGUUGUCUUUAACAUUUUUCGUUGCGUCAUCUGGGCUUUGUUACCAAAAUAUUGGAUUCAUACCGGGGUACAAGCGGUGGAGAGCUUAGUUUUCCUUCCACUUCCCAGGUGAAUAAAAAGAUGCUUGGGUCACACACUACUGGAUUGAAUCCAGUGCGCGUAAACCCGCAUACACGCACGGUGUUCAUGCGCGUUGGAGAUAACCACCGUCACAGGCCUUAAGAAUCACGUCAUGUCUGAGACAGCUGCAAUAUUAGUGAAUCACCACACGACACGGGACAUGGAAAAUAGUGACGGCAUGUUAACCAGGGGCAGGCCGGUCUCAGCUGCCUGUGCCAAGGUUCUGGGUGCCAACUAAUUGAAUGUGUAAGCAUAUACGCCCUACGUUCAUCCGUUUCAUUAUUAUCAUCACACAUUAAAUAAGCAAUGUGAAUCAUCGUUUGUUUUACUAUUUUAUAUUUUGGUUUGAAGUAGGCCUAGCUGCCGCUUGAGUGCACUGCUUUUUUAGUUUGUGAAGGGCGACAUCUUGCGGCAGAAAUUGGUCAAUGAAAAUAAAUCAUAACUGCAAAAAUUAUAAAUAACACACGACACACACGCACGCGCACACGCACACACACGAGGGCUGCAUAAUCAAUUCGGAAAAUGUAUUUCAAUACAAUAAGUAACACCGUCUAUUGUUGAUAAGGAUGCAAAAAGGGAAAAGAAGAAGAAAAUAAAAAAAUAAAACGAAAUUUUUCCAGAAUUAAAUUUUCUCUAGAAAUAGCAUUUGGCAAGGAAAGAUAUCGAUUCUAACACCUCUAUAAGAUGAGAAUGGAACAACCCGUUGGCUGUGACAGACCAUUUGCGUGUUCACACGCCAAUAUAAGACAUCACGGCUUUACAAAGGAACAAAUAUUUAUAUUUACAUCAACUAUGUACAAACACAAUUUAUAAAUACGUUUAAGCUAUGAAUUUAAAAUAAAAUAAAACAGCGUUUUGAGCGUUGUCUUCCGAUCCUUUGACGAUUUAUGAAGCCUUGUCGAAAAAUCGCACGAAUCGUACGUCAGUAAGGUGAAACAAUGCAAAGAAAAUGCGGUGAUCAAUAACCUUUUUUUUCAUUAUGCAAUAAAAAUGCAAAAGGCCAAUAUGUACAUUCAUGAAAAACCCUGCUGGCACCCACAGGGGGCAGUAUUUCAAACCAAAUGAGGGCGGGAUAUGAGUUGCGCUUGCUCAGGACUGUAGUAUUUAUCACCCUUGAGCGUUUCCACAUUUUGUUGUGUAACCAUUUAAUUAUCUUCCAUUUAAUGGCCAUGUAAAUGUUAAUGAUUUAUUUAUAACAAUAAAACAUUGAAUCUGAUGGCGGAGAUUGUGUGUGGAUGAGGGCUGGUUCAAGCAGCUUCACCUGGCCGAGUCUGAUUGGACUCUAGGCUUGGGUGGGGCAGCACACCUGUUGCGCAUUGAGUAAUCAAUGUGCACGGGUUAAACUAGCCAUUUCCAAUCCCAGUCAGGGAGAGAUCUCCUGCAUGGCAACAUCACCAAGUGCCAUGUUAUCAGCAUCUAACCAUACACUAAACGGGCUUUCAACACCACCUAUUCCUGUGUGUGGAGGAGUCGAUCUCUCCCUGAGUGUGUGUGGUGAAGGCUGGUUUAACCUGUGCCCACUGAUUACUCAAUGCCCACCAGGUGUGCAGCCUCACCCAAGCCCCAGAGUCCAAUCAGAAUCGGCCAGGUGAGGCUGAUUAAACCAACCAGCAAUCACACACUCCAUACUAAUCUAAUCUUAAAAAUAAUUUGCAUAAAAGUAUCCCCCCUAGUCAGAACAACCGUUGGCUGUAAUUAUAGCUGUGCGUUUUUUCAGACAAGUCACUACCAGCAUUUGCAUUUAAAUGUAAUUUUUUCUUUCCUGAGGAAUGAAGUCAGGUUGGAUGCUGUCUACGGCUAUUUUGAAGUGUUGCCACAUACUCUCAAUUUUAUUGAGGUCCAGGCCUGAGCUGGGCCAUUCGACAGCAUUCAGGUUUUUAAACUACUCCAGUGAAGCAUUGGCUGUACGUGAAGGGAUCAGUCGACAUGCUAUCCCUACCACAACGCCAUGCUCCGAUCAAUAUUGUCUCAUUGUCCAUGAUGCUGUUUGCAUACUCUAAGAAAAGCCUUUUAGAAAAAGGUGCAUUUGUUUUGUGAUUAUUACAGGAAAAUUGGCUUCUUUAUUAACCUCAACAGUGAGUUGCACAAGGAAAGGUACUUUUCUUUUAAUUACGUAGGAUAUUGAACUGCAAUCGCUACACAAUGCAAAUUCAAUCCAUUUAAAUCCAUGCCAAAUGUUGUAAUCAACCACCACAUGUUUGUAAAUGUUUACAAAGGUUAUGGCAGUUUAACCUUGGGUCAUUCUGUAUAGCUUUGCAUGUGUUUGUUCAAUGUUUAUAAACAUUAAUGUUCAAUGUUAAUUAACAUUUACCUUCAAUGGUAAUUAACAUUGAACAAACAUAUAUCAAGUAGAAGUGCAACACAUACAAAGUAACAUACACACAUACAAGUAAACUAAGUUGAAUUCAGGAGAAUUUCACUUAUUUUUCUGCAAAGCAGAAUGACCGGUGAAAUGAGCACACAGGUUUAACAACACCUUGAGCCUAAUGGCUCAGAGUUGUUUGAGGGGGGGUGUGGUCCCUUUCAUUGUGGCUGAGAGACAAAGGCUGAGAGACAAUAGUACCAGCAUUUGCUAAACAUGUAAUUUUUUCAGCUUACCUUGACUUGACCCUUUGGGUCAAGUCAAGAACAUGCACAUCCUGGUUGAGACUUUACUUCAGUAGUUCUCAGACAGAGAGGCUGUUUGGGGUACUCUGUGUGGAUGCACACCGAGAACACACAGGGGGACUAAGGGUAGUCCCGACACGUCAGCCUAAGACUUUGUGACCAAGUAGAUGCAGACUAGCAGGUUUGAAAGCGAGAUGAUGUGGCACUUAUCAACUGGCUUAUCGCAGUGGUCCGUGUGCACACACACAAAUGAGUCAACACACCUUGCACAACUUGAAACGUGAUUCAGAGACUGAUAUGAUUGUAAUGAAAGCAAUUGAUAUCCUAAAGAUCCUCAAAGCACCACACUUACUGAGAGUGAAAGUGCUUCAAGGUCUACUGAACAUUCAUGUUGAAAUCAGCUUUUGAACCAAUUCAUUAUGUUGACAAUACAGGAGACGUAUUGUUUUUAGCGUAUUGUUUUUAAACGGAGAAC